UGUAGCCCCAGCAGUGCCACCUGCCAGUGCCCAUCAGUGCCACCUAUCAGUGUCAAUCAGUGCCACCUAUCAAUACCAGUCAGUGCCAUCUAUCAGUGCUGCCAGUCAGUGUCGCCUAACAGUGCCAGCCAGUGUCGCCUAACAGUGCCAGCCAGUGUCGCCUAACAGUGCCAUAUAUGACUGCCGCCUAUCAGUGCCCAUCAGUGCAUACUAUCAGUGCAUACUAUCAGUGCCCAUCACUGCAGCCUCAUUAGUGCACAUCAGUGAAGGAGAGAAUCACUUAUUUACAAAAUUUUAUAA